AUGGAGGCCGUGCUGGGAGAAGAAAACGCGGAACUGAAGGUGAAGCGCUUCCGGAAAAUGUUUGCACUGAAGACGCUCCGGAAGGCCCGGAGGAAGCUCAUCUAUGAAAAGGCAAAGCAUUAUCACAAAGAAAACAGGCAGAUGUACCGGACGGAGAUUCGCAUGGCUAGGAUGGCAAGGAAAGCUGGAAACUUCUACAUGCCUGCAGAACCCAAGCUGUCAUCCGUCAUCCGAAUCCAAGGUAUCAAUGGUGUGAGCCCAAAGGUCCGCAAGGUGUUGCAGCUGCUCCAUCUUCGUCAGAUUUUCAUUGGCACUUUUGUUAAGCUCAACAAGGCUUCGAUUAACAUGCUGAGGAUCGUGGAACCAUACAUCGCAUGGGGGUACCCCAACCUGAAGUCAGUAAAUGAGCUCAUCUACAAGCGUGGCUAUGGCAAAAUCAAUAAGAAGAGAAUUGCCUUGAUGGACAAUUCCUUGAUUGCUCAAUCUCUUGGUAAAUAUGGCAUUAUCUGCAUGGAGGAUCUGAUCCAUGAGAUCUACACAGUGGGGAAACGCUUCAAGGAAGCCAACAACUUCCUGUGGCCCUUCAAACUGUCUUCUCUACAGGGCGGGAUGAAGAAAAAGACCACUCACUUUGUGGAAGGUGGCGAUGCUGGCAACAGGGAAGACCAGAUAAACAGGCUUAUUAGACGGAUGAACUAAGGUGCCUGUGGUAUUUUUGUAAUCUGGUCAGUUAAUAAACAGUCACAGCUUGGCAAACUGAAAAAAAA